UCAAAUAAACCUACUCUCUUAAUCUCUUCCCCACUUUCACAAAUUCUUAAUCUUUUCCUUUUCUUCAUUAAUCACUUUUUGGUGAACGUUAACACCAACUAUCUGUUUGUCUCAAUUUCUCCAUGUAGAUUUAUAUUAAACCCAAUUAGUGCUUUAAUCACACACAAACUUUUUCUUGAUUGAUUUUGAUUAAAAAAAAAUUUGAUCAUGUAAUUAGGAAAAAAUAGAUGGAAGUGAGCAGAAAACAAAAUGCCUCCUCGCCGUGCGCCGCCUGCAAGCUCCUCCGCCGGAGGUGCUCACGGGACUGCGUCUUCGCGCCUUAUUUCCCGGCCGAGGAGCCGGGGAAGUUCGCCGGCGUGCACAAGGUGUUCGGAGCUAGCAACGUCAGCAAGAUGCUUCAGGAGUUGCCGGAGGAGCACCGAGGCGAUGCGGUGAGCAGCCUGGUGUAUGAGGCGAACGCGAGGAUGCGGGACCCGGUCUACGGCUGCGUAGGAGCCAUAUCCUAUCUGCAGCAGCAGAUAGACGGGCUCAGGCAGCAGCUCGCCCUGACUCAGGCCGAGAUGCUGCACCUGAGGGUGCGGCAGGCCACGUCAGACCAAGCCACGAGCCCUAAUUAUAGCGGCUCGCAGCUUUCCUAUACGUUCGUGUCCCACUCCAAGCCGUCGAGUUACGACAUGGAUGCGGGAGCGGUCGAACACGCGACCUUCAGAGAGUCCAUGUGGUCGUCCACUUAGAUACCCAAACUAGAAUUGCUAUUUAUUUUUAUAUAUAGAAAAAUGAUAUGCUACACACCCGACAUAGGUGCUAUGAGAGCCUAUGACUACUUUUUUUCAAUCUGGGCUUGUUCAUAUUGUUAUUAAUUAUGAUUAUGAUUAUUAUUA